AUGUUCAUUGAAAACACAAAAUCUACUAUUCAAGAAAUACCUUUUCCGAUGAUCAUGAUUUGUCCAUCGAGCCAAAUGCGUAAAUCGGUUUUGGAAAAAUACUCCGGCACGAACAGUUCUUAUUGGAAAAACCUUCAACAAUAUCGGUCCUUAACCUGUUCUUCGUUUGUUUAUGCUCCUGGAUUGAAAGGACAUGCCGAGGAUUAUUUGGACAUCGAUUGGUUCAGACAAAUUAUGAAAGAUUGCGCGAUUAGUUGCUCAGAAUUAUUUCAAUCUGAGGUUAAAUGGCAGAAUACAACAUUGAGCAAUUUUUGUCAAUUUGUCCAACCAGUAUUAGGCAUUUUCGGAUUAUGUUUUGCAAUCAACUUGAUGCCUGUAUAUCAAAUAUUAAACGAUGCAAAUUAUCAAGGAUACUUGAAUUUUUUUUCAACAAAUAACACGUACCUUGAUACUGAGAAAUCAAAAUGGACUUUAGACAACGGUUACUCAUUAUUUUCAGACAAAGAUGUCCUUCUCAGUGUAACCCCAGCUCGAACAAGUGGUGUUAGUUACUAUCACCGCUUAAGAUUGAAGUUACACACAACAGAGAAUGCAUUUUCGGUUUGUCCUAAUAAUGACUUCAAUGAAGAUUUCUUUCUGAUUAUGAUAUCUAAUCCUGGUGAAUUAUACACAUACAAAACUAGAUCAUUUGUAGCAUCAGACUCAUACCAAAAAAUUCAAAUCACUCCGUUCGUUAAAAAAAUGAAUCCGGACUUGAUGUGGCGUUCUCUGAAAAUUAGGAAAUGUUAUUUACACAACGAGAGAAAACUAUCCAUAUUUCAACUUUAUACGGAGUCCAAUUGUAAUGAAGAAUGUAAAAUAAACAUAACUAUUUCAAUGUGUGGCUGUGUUCAUUACUACUCAGCCUUUGUAGUGACUUCCGGCGUCAAAUUAUGUGGUCCAGCGAAAAGAAGUUGUGUGCAAAAAGCUACACGUAAUAAGAAAUAUUUGAAAUAUUAA